CUUAUGAGCGUCUAAUCCGCGUUUUGGGAACUAUAAAUAACUCCACCUGGACCCGAACAUCAUCAUCAUCAGCUGAACGCAGAGAGCAACUUACAGUUACUGUAUCACCCAUUGCAAGCAAGCUGCUUAAGAAGAUCUUCCAAGUUGCUCGUAACAUCUCAGAUAUGGCGGAGGAGAAGCAGAACAUGACUGAGGUGGAGACCCAGGAGCGCGGGCUUUUCGAUUUCAUGGGGAAGAAAAAAGGAGAGAGUCCCGAUCAUCAUGUUCAAGUCCAGGAGGAGGUCGUAGUCACUGAGGUGGAGAAGGUGACGGUAUGUGACGAUAAUGAAGAAGACAAGAAGCCUGGUUUGCUGGAGAAGCUUCACCGAUCCAACAGCUCCUCUAGCUCCUCCAGCGAGGAGGAGGAGGAAGUAGGAGAAGAUGGUGAGAAGAGGAAGAAGAAGAAGGAAGAAAAGAAAGGGCUGAAGGAAGGGGAAACGACAAAGACGGGUGAUGAGGGGGAAGAGAAGAAGGGGUUGCUGGACAAGAUCAAGGAGAAGCUGCCAGGUCAGCAUAAGACAGAGGAGGAGAUCCCACCUCCUCCUCCUUCUCAAUCACCCACCGGUGACGGGGAAAAGAAGGGUAUUUUGGAGAAGAUCAAGGAAAAGAUUCCCGGUUAUCACCCCAAUAAAACUACUGCUGAUCACCAAGGCAAAGAAAAGGAGGAGGGAAGUGCUCGCUGUGAUUGAGGGCUCUGUUCUGUUCACACCAUUUGUCAUCUUCAUUGCGUGCUAUGUUGAUCAUUGUCUUGUAUUGUCUUUAAUUUCGUGUGUCUACAAGCUUUAUGUUUAUCUCGACCAUAUAUGUACAUAUAUGUAUGAAGUUUGUUUAAA